AUGGGGACUCAAUCUGUAGCAGAAUGGACUUUGGAGGCCUGUAAGGCCAAGCAACGAGGAAUCCGCUUCAAGAUUACUGGCUGUUACAAUCGCAUCCAGAACAUCGUGACGAAUACUUUGUCACGCCGAGACGCUGAGAAGCAGCUUACUGAUUCGCGUAAGCUCUUGGGCGAGUUGGAAACGAUUCACGACCUGAUCAUAGAGCUCGUGGAUGACGAUGACGUGGCAAGGGCCCAGAACACACAACACCUGACGUAUGCCUCAGCAGUAGACGGUGCAUCAGCCAUGGUCGAGAAUUACCUGCUGCAGCGACAAGAUGAUACCUUUUCAGUGGUGCCAGAGACAGAGGAACAGAUUGCACGUAAAAUAGCCUUACAAGCCACCGAGCAACGAGUACGAGACGCUGGCGCUAAAUUUGAGGCUGCCGAGCAGGCACUCAUUGACCUGGGAGGUGACAUAUCUGCCCUGGAGGAAGGGGAAGUGGAUCCGUACGAUUCGGUGUCUCAAUCUGGACGAAAAGAGCCCAAGGAAAAGGUACCGAGUUUGACUGACGUUGCCGAGCCACCUGACAUCUGGAUUGAUACAUAUCUGACCGGCAAGGAGAUGCCGAUUGUUCGUGAGAAGGGGGCCAAAUCGUCGGUCAACGUCCAGCUGGAGGCUUAUACGGGCCUUGCACUGCAUUGGUUUGCUUGGAUCAGCAUGUGGUUUGCGCUGGUUCACAUUACGUGCAAGACUCCUAGCGAGAAGCUUGCCAUAUUGAACAAUUAUUUGAUGAGAGACUUAGCCGAUAUUGUGCAUGGCCAUGGAGGAGGUGAGGCUGGUUACAUGGAGGUUCUGCAGCGAUUGAAGAGCACGUGUGGGAGUCGGAAGGUGAUUCGACCGGCCUAUCUGUGGGAGUAG